UAAGAAAAGCCCAUUCUCUGAGCAAAUUGAAAACCCAGAAUUGAAACGACGGAAAACAAAGUUCCGAAAAUUUCCUUGGCUUCCUGAUUCCGUCAAGCUCAGAUCUCUCUCUCUCUCUUUCUCUUUCUCUUUCUCUGUGCAUAUAGCUUGUUCCAUGAUCAAAGGGAGGAGAAGAUGACGACGGCUCCAUUGAAGCUGUUCAGCGCAUUCAACAGCAUGGCGAUCCCGCUGUUAGUUCUGUCACUCUGCUUGAGCAAUCUAUGCGGUUCUGCAUCCGCUUCUGUUUCUUCUUCGUCCGAGACCACUAUGCACACGAAUAACUGGGCGGUGCUGGUCUGCACCUCUCGGUUCUGGUUCAAUUAUCGUCACAUGGCGAACACUUUGUCGCUGUAUCGAACAGUUAAGCGGCUUGGGAUACCUGAUGAGAGGAUUAUACUGAUGCUCGCUGAUGACAUGGCUUGCAAUGCCAGGAAUAAGUAUCCGGCACAAGUCUUUAACAACGAAAACCAUAGACUUAAUUUAUAUGGAGAUAAUGUUGAGGUAGACUACCGAGGGUAUGAAGUUACGGUUGAGAAUUUCUUACGUGUCCUAACUGGGCGUCAUGAAACUGCCGUUCCAAGAUCGAAGCGCCUUUUAAGUGAUGAAGGAAGCCAUAUUCUUCUCUACAUGACUGGACAUGGUGGAGAUGAAUUUUUAAAAUUUCAGGAUUCCGAAGAGCUCCAGAGUCAUGAUUUAGCUGAUGCUGUGAAACAAAUGAAAGAAAAGGGCAGAUUUAAGGAGCUUUUGAUAAUGGUGGAUACUUGUCAAGCUGCUACUCUCUUUUCUCAGCUCCAUUCACCAGGUGUUUUGGCUAUUGGAAGCAGCUUGAAAGGGGAGAACUCAUACUCGCAUCACUUGGACUCUGAUGUUGGAGUCUCUGUGGUGGAUCGUUUUACAUUUUACACUCUUGCUUUCUUUGAAAGGCUAAAUAUGUAUGACAAUGCUUCUCUAAGCAGCCUCUUCAGCUCCUAUAAUCCUAGUCUAUUAUUGUCUACUGCAUAUUACCGCACAGAUCUAUAUCCAAGACAAAUGGAGCAGGUACCAGUAACAAACUUCUUUGGUUCAGUCAUGGAAACAAUUCAUACUGACCAUCCAUACAGAUAUAGCAAACGAAAAGGUUCUAGCAAGGGCAAAAUCGAAAUGUCCCUGGAUCAGGCAGUUCAGGAUGAAAAGAGAAGAAUAUUAUCAAAUCUUGGGGACCAAAAUAUUGACUCAGAUACAAAAUGUCCAAUGGGUUCUAUGAUACACAUGUGGAACAGUAUUCUUGAUGAGAUAGAAAAGUUUGAAGAUCGUGAUACCUUGGUGUAUUACGGCUUGGUCAUGAUGCUCCCACUGCUAGCAGUCUCCUCGUGGCUUUCAUCAUGAAGGUUUACAUAAUAAACAUGCAAGUGCCACCCGUAAUCAUGAGAGAAUAUAUCUGGGCAGCAUUUCAUCGGAGCUUUGCGGGAUACUAAUCUUGCUGCUCGUUGGAAGCAUACGCUGGAAAUUAUCCUAGUGAAUAUCAGUCUACUGGAAUGCCUUCAGAGUUCGCUGUUAAAUCCGAUUAGUGAAAAAACACGCAAAUAGGGAAUGCUAGAAAGCUAGCGCCUUCUUUGAGUAUUGAAGUUCUCAUGUGAACGUUAUAUCCAUGAUCAAACAUACAUUAGGCCCGUUGAUGUUCUUCAUAUCUCAAGACGACGAAUUAAUUACCACAUAAAUCCUAUCUGAUUCUGACAAA